GCGAUACAUCUCGCAUAUAUUUAUCAGCAUAUCCCCAUUUGAUUAGUUUGUAAAAUGUCUUCAAGUCAUCGGUAUAUAUUUUUGGUUGUGACCUACGAGCCCCCCUCCUCACGGAACGCAGUGGUACAUUCCAGAUGACAGCUCGAUUAGAGCUAGCCUUCAUGUCCGAGCAUCAGCAGAUUGUCAGAGUCGCGGAAAGGAACGAUUUACUGAAGAUCUCCUCGCUUUAUUUGUGCCCUUAUAGUCUAAUUUCACACUAUUAGUCACCAACAUGUCUGCUCCGAAGAAGGGAGACUUGUCUUCAAGUGAAAAAGAGUUAUUUGAGGUUAUCACGGCAGGAAAUGUUCAAGAGGCCUCAAGGCUGCUGGGCUGUAAGGAUGUGCGAGUCAACUGUCUGGAUGAGUACGGGAUGACCCCUCUCAUGCACGCUGCUUACAAAGGUAAAGCUGACAUGUGCAGGUUGCUGCUACAACACGGAGCAGAUGUGAACUGCAAUCAACAUGAGCAUGGAUACACAGCGCUGAUGUUUGCUGGCCUGUCAGGAAAGACUGAUAUCACGUGGAUGAUGCUGGACGCGGGGGCAGAGACAGACGUGGUUAAUUCUGUUGGGAGGACUGCUGCACAGAUGGCCGCCUUUGUUGGGCAACACGACUGUGUCACUGUGAUCAACAACUUCUUCUCCCGUGCCAGACUAGAUUAUUACACCAGGCCUCAGGGUCUGGAGAAGGAACCCAAGCUGCCGCCCAAACUGGCCGGACCUCUUCACAAAGUCAUCAUGAGCACCAACCUGAACCCCGUCAAGAUGGUGAUGCUGGUGAAGGAGAACCCCCUGCUGGCGGAGGCCGAGGCUUUGGAGAAGUGCCGGCGGGUGAUGGAGCUCAUCUGUGAGAAGUGCAUUAAGCAGCAGGACAUGAACGAAGUGCUCGCCAUGAAGAUGCAUUACAUAAGCUGUGUGCUGAGAAAGUGUGCCUCCUUCCUCAAAGACCGAGAGGACAAACUGGACGGCCUCAUCAAGAGUCUGCUGAAAGGUCGAGACAGCGAUGGCUUCCCCGUGUUUCAGGAGAAGUUUAUCAGAGAGUGCAUCCGCAAGUUUCCUUACUGUGACGCCACUCUGCUGCAGCAGCUGGUGCGGAGUAUCGCUCCUGUGGAGAUUGGCAACGACCCCACAGCUCUGUCCGUGCUGACUCAGGCCAUCACGGGUCAGGUCGGCUUCAUGGACGCAGAGUUUUGCACCUCCUGUGGAGAGAAGGGAGCCGAGAAGAGAUGCUCCGUCUGUAAAAUGGUGAUCUACUGUGACCAAGCCUGCCAGAAGAUGCACUGGUUCACUCACAAGAAAGUCUGUAAGAGUCUGCAGGAGCAGAGAGAGAAGCAGGAGGCAGAAACAGCCAAACUGAGGAUGCAGCAGAGCAAAGAGGAGAGUGACGCUGUGCAGGAGGCGGCAGCCUCCUUGCAGGAGCUCUCAGUGGAGUCCAACAGUGACGUCGCUCCUUCAGACUCUGCAGCAGAAACAUCUAACUCCACUCCCGUCACAGCUGCUGACAACUGAACAACACCAGGAUCUGCAGACCACAGACAGAGCAGACCGGCAGUGAGACUGAAAGCCAGACAUGGACUGUGUCCAGCCGGAGGAAAAAAAAACAUAUUUAUUACCGACGCGAGACCGUCACAGAGGCAGGGAGACACUAAAGCGUUGGAGGGAGGUUCUUGCUACCACGCUCAUGUUUUUGUCUUUUUUUUUAAAAAAUACGUUAAUUUUUUCAGAUGAUAUUGUCGUAUGUGAAUGUGAAAAAAUAAAUUGCGUAGGCUGAUGUGUUUGUGGUAGAGGUCACUGGGAGGAAUUGUGGGUAACGGAUGAGAUGAGCUAACGGUUCACAUCGACGAUGGAACGUAAUUCUGCCUUAAGAAACUGUAGCAAGCCGAGCGGGAGGGAAGUGACUGUGUAGCCAAUCAGAGCUGUCGUUUGUUUGCUUGCAAUAUACUUGACUCGUUAUUGGGACGUUUGUUUUGUACUGAUGAACUUGUGGCAGGGGGCGAGUGGAAAGCAUGGCUGCACAAUAAUGACCAAAAAUGUAUAUUUUUUAAAUAUAAACAAACAUGAACAUGAAUUUAUUAUAAGUGUAUCAUGAAAAGAUGAUGUUAAACACUCAGGAUUUUACAAA